AUGCAUCGCUUGGUAGAGCAGUUUUUGAAAUUGAAACCGGCGAAGUUUACCGGGAAAGGUGACCCGGAAGCCGCACCUCGUUGGAUAGAAGAUCCGGAGAAGGCACUUGAGGUGUUGGGUUGCACCGAAGAGGAGAAAGUGAUGCUGGCAAGAUAUCGGUUGCGGGACACGGCUAGUGAUUGGUGGAAGGCCACUAGGGGAAGAGUUUUCCCGGAGGGUACAUUACCGAAUUGGACUAUCUUCACCGAAGUCUUCAAUGGGAAAUACUUUUCGGAGACUGCUCGGGAGCAGAAGAUGUUAGAAUUUCAGCAGCUCCGCCAGAACCAUAUGACGGUAGAUCAGUAUGAGGCUGAAUUCUCGAGACUGACAAAGUACGCUCCUAGAAUGGUAGAGAAUCCAUUGGAUAGAGCGAGGAGGUUUCGGGACGGAUUGAGGCCGGAGCUUCGCAGUCGGCCGAUCCCGCUGAAUUUGAGGGAUUAUGAUGAGCUAUAUGAGCGGGGUCAGAUAGUGGAGCGAGACAUGAAAGAGAGAGCUGCCGCAUCUGGAUCGCGGUUCAUGCCCGUCGGGGACAACCGUCGGUUUGGCAAGAGCCCCAUGAUGGAAAAUAGGCGUUUUGUCCCUCCAAUCAGAAGAAAUAAUGGGAAGCCGGAGGCACGGGAAUGGACCUUGCCCGAGUAG